GGUAAGGCCGCAGACGCCUGGCAGAAGAAGGUCAGAUUUUUUUUUUUUUUAGGGAAAAGAACGAAACAUCUGCAACCAUGACCACUUUUGACGACAUCCUGGAAGAAGUUGGCAAUUUCGGCCGCUGUCAGAAGCGCAUCUUCGCCCUGAUGUGCAUGGUGUCCAUGCCCUGGGCCGGCGUGUACGUGGGCAUCGUGUUCCAGGGCUUCACGCCGGACCACUGGUGUCGGGACGCUGCGGUGGUGGAGAGGAGGCAGGCGUGCGGCUGGAGCCUGGCGGACAGUCGCAGGCUGACGCUGCCGCAGGUCAACAGCUCUGGAGCCGUGCAGCACAGCAGCUGCGAGCAGUACGAGCUGGACUGGAACAGAACCUCACUCACCUGCGACUCUCAGGAGCUGGACCUCAGCAAGACUCCCACAGCUGCCUGCAAAGACGGCUGGGAGUACGACUACGAGGGGAGACAGUCCUUCGUCACUGAGUUCGACCUGGUGUGUUCAGACAGCUGGCUGGUGGACAUGUACCAGGCCACGCUCAACAUCGGCUUCCUGAUCGGAAGCAUUGCCAUUGGUUACCUGGCUGACAGGUUUGGCAGGAAGAUGAGCUUCCUGAUGUCCAACCUGUUUAACGGGAUCACAGGGAUCCUGGUGGCCGUGGCUCCGAACUACGUGUCUCUGCUGGUUUUCAGAACGUUGUACGGGUUUGGAGUGAAAGGAGGCUGGGUGGUCGGAUACGUGCUGAUCACAGAGAUCGUGGGAGUGGAGCACCGGCGGACGGUGGGAGUCCUUUACCAGAUGUUCUUCAGCGUUGGCAUCCUCCUCCUCCCGCUGCUCGCCUACUUCAUCACCGACUGGCGCUGGCUGCAGGUCGUCAUCACCGUCCCCUACAUCCUCUUCCUGUCCUACUACUGGUUCCUCCCUGAGUCUCCACGAUGGCUUCUGUCUCAGAACCAAAAGUCCAAAGCCGUGAAGAUCACCGAGGACAUGGCCAAAGAAAACAAGAGGACUCUGUCGAAGAACAUCGAGAAUCUGGCAGACGACAACGCCGACUCCUCCACCGCCUCCUUCAUGGACCUGAUCAGAACUCCCAAAAUGAGAAAACACACUUUCAUCCUCAGCUUCAACUGGUUCACCAGUGCUGUGGUCUACCAGGGUCUGAUCAUGAGGCUGGGGAUUCUGGGAGGAAACGUCUACAUCGACUUCCUCAUCUCUGGCCUGUUGGAGUUUCCCGCCGCCUUCCUCAUCCUCUUCACCAUCGAGCGCAUCGGCCGACGUCUUCCCUUCGCCACCGCCAACAUCGUCGCCGGAGCCUCCUGCUUCAUCACGGCCUUGAUCCCUGACAGUAUGUUCUGGGUGAAGACGGCGGUCGCCUGCAUCGGUCGGCUCGGUAUCACCAUGGCCUUUGAGAUGGUCGUGUUCGUGAACACCGAGCUCUACCCGACGUUCGUCAGGAACCUGGGAGUGUCGGUUUGUUCCACCCUGUGUGACGUCGGCGGCAUCGUGGCUCCGUUCCUGCUCUACAGGCUGGCUGUCAUCUGGCUGGAGCUGCCACUCAUCAUCUUCGGGUCUCUGGCGUUCGUGGCCGGAGGUUUGGUUCUGCUGCUCCCUGAGACCAGAGGCGUCCCGCUGCCCGACACCAUCGACGACAUCGAGUUCCCCGACAAAAUGAAGGAGAAAGUUUCGCUGAAGAAACAACAGUUGGACAACUUGUUGCCCAAAGACGACGUGUCGACCAACAAAGAGCCAGCGACGGUCUGAGCUCUGCCUGAGGCCGGAGUAUUUAUUUUAUCAUCUGUGACUGUGCCAGUGAUAUCUGAUGUCUGAAUAU